AUGUCUUCCUUCCUCCGCACAGCUCUCCGCGCCGUCCCGCGCACCAGCGCCAGCUCCCUCGUCGGGCAGCGCGCAGCCUUCGGCGCGUCGGCGCGCCGCGACAUCGCCAAGAUCACGCUGGUCGGCAACCUGGCAGCGACGCCCGAGCUCAAGGCGACGGCAUCGGGGCGCGAGAUCAUCGAGUACGCGGUCGCGAGCAACGAUGGCCCGCGCGACAACCGCCACACCAGCUGGUUCAAGGUCGCCACGUUUGCCGAGGAGGGCGGCCGCCGCGACUUCUUGACUAGCCUGCCGAAGGGUUCUACGGUCUACGUCGAGGGCGACGCCAUCAUGAACACGUACACCGACACCGACGGCAAGACACGCUCCGGCCUGAGCAUCUACCAAAGAAACCUGGAAGUCCUCCGCCGGCCCACUCCUUCCUCCGAUUCUUCCGAGUAA